GUAACCAAUGCACUCAUCUCUUUCCGUGUUGACAAACUGUGUUGUGACAGUUCUUAUCACAUUUUUUUGCCAAAUUUCUUGAACUCAUUAUUCACACAAUAUCGGGGACUUCCCACAAAAAUCAAACGGUUUUAUUUUGCGCGAGACAGUUUAGGCGCAGUGAAGUGUGGUUAUGUCAUAAAUUUAAACAACCGUGAAAAGUAUGGAAGAGCCUAUUGGGGCCCAGUAUGCAGUUCAUGUGGCUUUGCAAACUCUCAAAGACCGCUGCAAGAACCUCCAAGAGAUGGUAACAACUCUCGAGGAAGAAAACCUUAAUUUAAAAGGUCAGUUGAGUAAGAGUGAACACAGUAGUGUCUCGUUGUCCGAUUUCGAUAAAUUAAAAGCACAAGUGACUGAAUUGACCGAAAAUAAGCUUCAAUUAUUGAAUAAAGUUAAAAUGGUGACAAACGAAAAUCAAGAAUUGUGGAAUAAGUUAAGUAGGUUAAGUCAUGUUAAUCACAAUCUGGGGACACAGUUGAGUAAAAUCAACGACUCGUUAGUGCAGUAUACUUCGAAAAAUAAAGAGUCACAUACACCGUUGAUUAGGUCGAAAACCUUCACCCAGGACGAACCACAUACUAAAGUGCUUCAAAAGAAUAUUGAAGAAAAUGGGAAGAUUUGUGCAGAGUUAGAAGAAAUUUCUUUAAAAAUAAUCAAUGGUUUUGCACAGGACAAGAGCGAACUUGAUUCUCUCUAUUCAGAUAUUCGGGGAGUUCAGUGGAGCGAGAAUAUUAUAUCGGAAUCUUGUGGAUUUCAAUAUGACGACUAUGAAAAUAAUAUUAUAGACAAUUUCAAUAGUAUUUUGGAAGAAUUGAAGACAACUAAGCAGACUGUAGCUAAUCAGAGAGUGGCCUUGCAAUUAGCCUUAAGUAAAUUAAAUAAUAUACAAGAGACUAAACGGAAGAGAAUCUGUGAUAGUAAAAUAGUGGAGAAAAAGGAAAUGGUGGACAAAAGUAUAUCAACAGUUAAUUUAUGUGAAACCAGAGAAUCUCCUACUAAAACCACCAGUCACGCACUUCCAGAAUCCAGUUUUCAAGACCCUCCAGAAACCACGGAUAUGAUUUGCCCCAUAUGUUGCAAGAAUUUCAACGGUGGAUUGAGUUUUCAAGUGUUUCAGGAUCAUGUUGAAAAGCAUUUUACAGAGGAAACUUUUGAAUUAUUGUGAUAGGAUUCAUAUAACUUAUGAUUAUCAAAGUAUUAUAUUUUUCGUCUUAAUCGUUUGGAUGUUAGGUUAAUAAAUUAAAGACGAACAGUUAUUUUCUAA